UGAGGAUGUAAAUCAAAGAUCAGAAAUCUCAAUCAAAGUCAAAUUUGAGAUCUACAGAGAGCACCAAAAUAUCUAAAAAUGCCGAGCGGGUGUGCGAUCUGCUGCGAGAUUGUGCUCGCCGUCUUGCUCCCUCCCUUGGGGGUUUGCCUCAGCCACGGUUGCUGCACCGUUGAGUUUCUGAUAUGCUUGUUGUUGACUUGUCUGGGUUACCUUCCGGGAAUCAUCUACGCGCUCUACAUCAUCGUGUUUGCUAAUCGCGAGGAGUACUUUGACGAGCACCGCCGUCCCCUCUACGCUCCUGCUUAUUCUGGUUAAACUGUUUGUUGUUCAGUAAUUUAAUUUUCACUGUGUUUUAUGGGUUCGAUUCCAAAUUCGCCUUUCUGGGUUGUUAAAGGGGAUGAUGCUUUUGCUUUUGUUUAAUGUAUCUUAUUUUCAAUAACCUAAUCUGAGUGUGUGUAAUCUGAUUUUAUGUUGGAUUAAUAAUGUUGACGACGUGCAAUUGAAUAUUGA